AUGAUUGAGAAUAGGACGAAAAAAAGGAGUGUGCAAAAUAAGCAUAAAUAUAUAGAUAAGGGAAAAUUAUCAGAAGAGAAAAACAAUACUGAUGAAAAGGAUUUUAGCAUAGAAAAAUAUAUUAAAACCGAUGAUGCUUCUAAAAAAGAGAUAAUAAUGUCCCCUAGGACAUCUAAACUAAUUGAUAACAAAAAGGGCAAAGAAAUAAAUGACAAUGAUUAUAAUAAAUUAAAUGUAACGAAACAAAAAAUGAAAAAUAGUAAUGAUGAUAUAACAUAUAGUUCCCAAAAUUCAAAGAUAAAAGUUAUUUCGAAUAGUAUUUUUAAAGAUAAUAAAAAAGGAAUGAAUCAUAAAAAAAAAAGAAGUAUAUAUAUUAAUCGGGCAACGCUAUUUAAAAUACACAAUUAUAUAUAUCAAACAUUUGUAUUCCUAUUAUGUUUAUUUAUAGUUAUAUUAAUUCUUUAUGCAUCUAUUGAUAUAUCACAAAACUAUGGUCCAGUCAUUAUUUUGUAUAUUCUCAUGUUAGAGCUUGGGAGUAUGUUAAUUUCAUAUAUUUUACUUCAAUUCCCUUUUUUUUAUCUUAUACUUAAAAAUAUCUUUACUAGAACUAGCAAUAUAAAUAAAUAUUCUCAUCGAUAUAGUCCACUUUAUUAUGAAAGCCCAUCAGAUAGUGAUGGUAAAGAUUCAAUCGAUAUAAAAAGGAGGAAAACCAAAAAAAGAAGAAGGACAUUUGGAUUUUUUAAUUUAAACAAUAGUGACCAUAAGAAACAUAGCACGAAAAAAAGUAUAUUAGUAAAAAAAUUGAAAAUAUUUAACAAAGAAGAAAAUGAUAAAGAUGACCAUGGAGAUAUAAAUAAUAUUUUAAAUACAAACUUCUCAAAUACAAAGAGUAAAAGCGCAGAUGAAGCUGAAAACUACAUAAUUGAAGAUCCAAAUAUCCAACAUACUGGUAAAAAAGUGAAAAAUAAAGGUACGAAAGGCAAAAAAACUAUAAAAAUUCAAAACCCUAAAAGAGAAAAUAUAUAUUUAGAUGAUUGCAAUAUGUGGAUAAGAAAUAGUAUUAACAAAUCAAGGGAUAAAAGAAAUUUUAAUUUAACUAGAUCAUUGAGCUUUAAUGUAAAAUUAAGUGACAAUAAUAAGGCAAUAUUAGAUGAUUCACAAAAUAUAGACGAUUUAAGAGCAUUUUUAAAUCAUAGAUCUAGUAAAUAUGAUAAAAAAAAAAAUCAAAUGAAAUCCCUAAAAUUAUUUCCACAUAAUAAAUACGCCCCGUUAACAUUUUCCACACCUUAUAAAUAUAGUGUCCCAUCCGAUAUUUUUAAAACUAAUACGGAAGAAUCAAAUUUUUCAAGCACAGAAAUGUCUGAAUCAAGUGAUGAUACAAAUAGCUUAUUACAUAAAAAUAACGGUAGAUCAUAUAGCGAAGAAAAAUAUCCACCUUAUAAAAGAAAAACAGAUAAAGAAUUUUAUGCGGAUAAAAGUGCAAUAUUGUUUAGUAACAAAAAUACCAAAAGAUAUACACGUAAAAAGACUUUUAUUUAUGAUGACCUUGAUAAUUUAAAUAUAUAUAAAAGUAAAAAAUACAAUCUAAAGAAUCGAAAAAAAAAGAGUAUACUUUAUAAAAUAAAAGGUUUUAAAAAAAUAAAAAAUACAUUAUCCUUUUUUAUUAAUUAUAAUAUGAAGUCCUCAAAAACAACAAAUAGUAUGUUACUAUUCCUUAGAGGUUUAACAUUAUAUAUUAAGCACCAGUUUGUACAACAUUUAUCUUAUGAGCCUGUAUGGAUAAUUGCAAUUUUAAUACGAAUUGUUUUAUGGUGUAUAGUAUGGUUAUGGGCUGCUGGUUAUAUGACAAGACCCCCAAAAAAUUAUCAAAUUAAUGCAUGGAAUAUGAAAAGAAUACCACCAUUAUAUGGAUAUAUUGAAUGCACCUUUCAAUGGUGUGGUGUGUUGGAUUAUUUAUUUGGUUUAUACUUUUCAAAUAAUAAAUUAAAAUAUAUUUUUUCGUUUUUUUCUUUAAUUGAUUUUAUAACAACACCAGUUUCUUCUUUAAUUAUGAAUUUCUUAUGUCAAACUGAUUAUCACCAAACAUAUUGGUUUUUAAUAUUAGGACCUUUACGAUUUUUAAGAUUAGUUAGAGCAGAAAGUACAAUGAGUUCAUGUUUUUUUUGGUUAAGUGAUGUCAAAAUAAUUAUUAUUGGAAUAGUUAUUUUAUCACUAGCUAUAUUAUUUACCUUUUCAGGAAUUAUGUAUAUAUUAGAAGCCCCAGAUAUUGAAAGACAAUUUAUAUCACCAUUAGAUUUUGUAUAUUUUGGAGUCAUUACUAUGUCAACAGUUGGUUAUGGUGAUUAUACACCAGUCACACCAGCGGGCAAAUGUUUAACUAUGUUUAUAAUUGUAACAUGUUUUACAUUUGUAGGGGCUCAACUUAAAAGAUUAAAAGAAGCCAUGUUUAGCCCUAAAACAAUUAUGGGAGUAAUACCAAAACCUGAAGAUGAUUAUAUUUUAAUUUUAGGUCCUGUUAGUCCUACACAAUUAUUAUAUAUAUGUAAAGGCAUAAAUAAUAGUUUUCCAAAUUCAGUUGAAUGCAUAUUUUUAUUUACCCCAUUACCUGUUAUUAUUUAUCGAUAUAUUUAUGGAAGUAUUAUUAAAAAUACUAAUAUAAAAAUAUGUAUAAAUGGAGGUAAUGAAUGUUUCAUUUGUCCAAGUAUUAUAUAUGAUGCUGUAAUUAAUGCAAGAGCAUUAUAUAUAUUAAAUAAUGUAGAUUCAGAAAAAUAUACAUUGUUAAAUCAACAAAUAUUUUUAGCUAGUAAUAAUUUUAAUUUCAACAGUAAUGAUAAAAAUCAACGAAUACGACCAGAAGAUAUUUUACACAAUAAUAUUAUAAAUAAAUAUACAGGAGAAAAAACAAAGGCAUGGAAAUUUACAGAUAUGUACUCAGAGUAUAAAAAUCAAAUUAAUAAAAAUAAUAUGUUAAACUUAGAAAUGAAUAUUAAUGUUAAUGAUUCACAUAUGAUUAGAGAAAAAGAUGAUCAAGAAUGUAUAUUACGAUUUAUUGGAACUUAUAAUAUUUCUAAUGCUCUUAUUCCUAUAACUGUUCAACUAUCAAAUAAUACUUAUGAAGAAUUAAUAAAAUCAAUGAAUGUGUACAAUUAUAUAAGUAUAGAAGAACUAAAAUAUGCAUUACUAGCUAAAAGCAUUAAUUGUAAAGGAUUAUUUUUUUUAAUUAUUAAUUUUUUUUAUAAACCCAAAGCGGUAAAAAGUUUAAAAAAAUAUAUUAUCAAUUUAAGACUAUUAAUGUAUAAUAAUAUUUUAAAAAAAAAAAACCGUAAAAAAUUUAAUAGGAGUAGUAUUAAAAUAAAAAAUCUUAAUGAACUAUCUUCUUCACAUUCUGAAAAUGAAGGUAGUGACGCAAUUAAUAUGCUUAAUUAUAAACCGAACUCACGUGCAAAUUAUAAAAUGCUAAAAGAAACUACAAACAGAUUCAUAAGAGAUAAAAAUUAUAAUAUUAAUCCUAUAUAUUGUGCAAAUGAUGAGAAUAUGUAUAAUGAGCAAAAUAAUAGUAUCAAUGGUGGUGAUGUAUAUCAAAUGAAUGAAUACGACAACAAUGAUAAUUUUCUUUACAACAAUUAUAGUAAUACACAUGGGAUCAAUAAUCAUAUCCAACAAUAUAAGGGUAAUUCUUCUAAUAAUUCAUACUAUAACAAAGAUAGUGAUAUUUAUAAUGAAGGAACUUUGUCAUUCUCAAAAACCAUGGAUAGUAUGAAUUCAUCACAAGAUGUAUCCUCUAAAAAUUAUUAUAAUAUAUUAGAAAAAAUAAGUUUAAAUAUGUAUUAUUAUUUAGAAGGAUUAAAAUAUAAUAUUUAUAGAUUUCAGUUUCCUGAAUGUAUGAGAGGGUUAUUAUUUCAAACUGCGUCAGAAUAUUUAUAUCAAAAACAUGGUGCUUUUCUUAUUGGUAUUAUAACAAUUAAUAAAGAAAUAUUUUUAAAUCCUAUUGAUUAUAUUAUUGGGGAAGAAAAUAGAUAUUAUUACACUUUUGCUUUUUCGGGUAUUAUACUAACUACUAGCUUAGACAAUUUGAUAAAACUCUCUUCUAUAAAAUCGAUUUCUAAAAAGGUUUCAGAAUAUAAUCAAAGAAGAAUAGAUGAAAGAAGAAAACGAUAUGCAAGAAAUAGUUUCAGUACUGAUGGGGUAAAUGAAUAUAGUAAAGAUUGGGAGCUUAAUGAACAAACAAAUAAAAAUUAUGAAAAUCUAGAAAAAAACAAAAACUUUGAUAAAUCCCAAAACAGUAUAAUAUCAAAACAAAGUGCAUCAAGUAUACGUAGAGAAGGUAAUAAAAUAAACAAGUUAGAUAAAUCCAUUGAACAUAAUAUUAACAUACAUAAAAUUAAUGAUAAAGAUAGCAUUGAUAAUAAUGAAGAUCAAAAUAAUAAAAGUCAUAAAAGGAAUUCCAAUUCUAGUAUGGAAAUAAUGUCAAAAAAAAAAAAAUUAAUAUUAUAUAAUUUUGUCCUAGGAAUAUAUGAAGUAGAUAAUUAUGUUUCAGCAUAUAGAGAUAUUUUUGCUGAUAAGAAAAAGCCAUUGUUACUAAUUUGUGGAUGGCCAGAUAAUAUCCAUAUGCUUCUUAAGCAUUUAAAAAUUAAUAUAUACAAAACAGCGGAAGACGAAAAGGAAAAUAAGACAAUGAAAACCAAAAACAACAAAUAUAACAAUUGUAGAUCGGAUGAUGAUCGAAUGAAAUAUAACAUAAUAAUUUUGUCAAUACAUGUUCCUAAAUUUAAUUAUGAAAAUGAUCUUUUAGAUUUUUCAAAUGUUGCUGCAUUUAUUAGAGGGUCCUCUAUGGAUAGUGCAAAUUUAAUAAAAGCUGGUAUAUUUUAUGCCAACAGAAUAAUAAUUUUAAAUUCGAACCAUAGUUUGUUUGUAGACAAAGAUGCGUAUAGAAUUGAUAAUGAAGUUAUUAUUAUUAAAAAUAUAAUAUACCAAUUAUAUAAUAACAUAUUUAAAAAUAAAAAAAAAUAUUUUGAAAUAAUACAAAAAAUAUUUAAAAAAGAGUACAAAGAUAAGCAUAUUAACGAGCAAAUAUUUUUUGAUACAAAUAUAGAAAAUAAUCAUAAGCAUGAUGAAUUACAAAAUAGCAGAUACACAUCAAAUAGUGAUUCUGAACUUAAAAUUAUGAAUAAAAAAAAAAGUAAAAUAAAUUAUAAUAUUUUUAGUGUUAAUAAAAACCCUUAUAUAAUUUGCUUAAUUAAAAAUUCAGAAAGUUUAGAAUAUAUAGACGGAAGUAUAAAUUUAUCAUAUGAAAAUUAUAACGAUAAUGAAAAAAUGAAUAAAAUAUGGGGAAAUUGUGGAGAAUAUAUUUACACCUUUGAAUUAGUAUCUGCAAAUAUUUUUGUUGAUGAAAUGUUGCAUAAUUUAGUUUCAUUUUCUUUACCAAUAAGUAAAUAUGCAAUUGAAUAUUCAGUCAUAUAUUCAUUAAUAGGAAUUAAUAUAAAUGAAUAUUCAAAAAAUGUUAGCAUGUUUCAUAAAAAUUUAAAACUAAGUACAGGGCAUGUACUUAUAAUACCAAUACCUUCCUAUUUUUACAAAAAGCCAUUCUAUAGAUGUUUUUUUUAUUUACUUCAUAAGAAAAAAUACUUAUGCAUUGGAAUUCUUCGAUAUAUGAAUAUUUCACCAUUGCAUAAUAUAUCAAGAAAAUUAUUUAUUAUUUCAUGUCCAUCCCGAACUAUGAAGCUUGAGCAAUAUGAUCAGGCAUAUGUAAUUGCUUAUGACACUGUGUAG